CUAGUAAAGCUAAAGGCAUGUGUACACUCCUGGGGAACAUUUCCCAAGGGUAAGAAGGUCAACAGCAUCUGAUGCAACAAAAAGAUCAAGUCACAACAAGACUAGAAGUGGUCACUGUCUGCUGUGCACUAGGUUGUCAGUGGCUGUGUCCAGAGCAGCUUCUGCAGAGGCCCUGGUGGGAGCCUGAGAACGUUGGAUCCAAGAAGGUCAUAAAUGCGUUCUCUGCACUGCUGCCACCGCCAGAAGCGCCGCUCCCACCGGAAGCUGCCAAUGUCGGGUCUCAGCUCGCGUGUGCGGAUCUCGGAGUAUGAAUUGAUACAUGACGCGUCGAGGCAUUCCUCAGCAGAAAUAAGGAAACAGUUUACUCUCCCAUCAAACUUGGGCCAGUGCUUUCGACAGAGCAUAAGUACAUCGGGCUUCCCCAGUGUUCAACUACCUCAGUUCUAUGACCCAGUGGAGCCAGUGGACUUCGAAGGACUUCUGAUGACCCACCUGAACAGCCUGGAUGUGGAGCUGGCGCAGGAGCUGGGAGACUUCACUGAUGAUGACUUGAACGUGGUGUUCACACCAAAGGAAUGUAGGACUUUGCAGCCCUCCCUGCCGGAGGAUGGGGUGGACCUGGACCCUCAUGUCAGAGAUUGUGUUCACACCUAUAUUCGGGAGUGGCUAAUUGUGAACCGGAAAAACCAAGGAAGUUCAGAGAUUUGCGGCUUUAAAAAGACUGGAUCAAGAAAAGAUUUUCACAAGACGCUUCAGAAACAGACCUUUGAGUCAGAAACGGAGUGUGCUGAACCCGCUGCUCAGAAAGGCCCCCGCCGCUUAAACGUGCUGUGCGAUGUGUCUGGGAAAGGCCCCUUCACUGCCUUUGACUUCGACCUCCGCAGCCUGCAGCCUGACCAGCGGCUCGAAAACCUGCUGCAGAGUGUGAGCUCUGAAGACUUUGAGAAGCGGAACGAGGAGGCCCGGAGGAGCAAUCGGCAGGCUGAGCUCUUCGCCCUGUACCCACCAGUGGACAAGGAGGAUGCCGUGGAAAUACGUCCAGUACCAGAAUGUCCCAAGGAACAUCUGGGUAAUAGAAUAUUGGUCAAGUUGCUGACCCUGAAGUUUGAGAUUGAAAUUGAGCCUCUGUUUGCCAGCAUUGCUCUCUAUGAUGUUAAAGAAAGGAAAAAGAUCUCAGAAAAUUUUUACUGUGACCUGAAUUCUGACCAGUUCAAAGGAUUUCUGCGAGCUCACACGCCUUCUGUGGACCUAUCAAGUCAGUCAAGAUCUGCCAUCUUCUCGGUCACCUACCCGUCCUCAGACAUCUACCUGGUGGUCAAGAUUGAAAAAGUCCUUCAGCAGGGAGAGAUCGCAGACUGUGCAGAACCCUACAUAGUCUACAAAGAAGGUGACGGCGGAAAGAAUAAAGAAAAGAUUGAAAAACUAAAACUUCAAGCUGAAUCCUUCUGUCAGCGUUUGGGGAAAUACCGGAUGCCUUUUGCCUGGGCUCCCAUCAGCUUAGCAAGCUUCUUCAACGUCUCCACCCUUGACAGGGAGGUAACUGAUGUGGAGCCCACACUUGGGCGAAACUCCGGGGGUGAGCGAAGGAGUCUAUCCCAGUCCAGAAGGCUCUCUGAACGAACUCUCUCCUUGGAAGAAAAUGGGCUUGGAUCCAACUUUAAAACCACCAGCAUGACCAUUAACAGCUUUUACAAGCAGGAGGGGGAUCGCCUGAGUGAUGAAGACUUAUUCAAGUUUCUAGCCGAUUACAAGAGAUCUUCAUCCUUGCAGAGAAGAGUCAAGGCGAUCCCAGGUGUGCUGCGACUAGAGAUCUCCCCGGCUCCAGAGGUCAUCAAUGGCUGUCUGACUCCUGAAAUGUUGCCUGUGAUACCCUUUCCUGAAAACCGGUCACGUCCACACAAAGAAAUUUUGGAAUUUCCAAUCCGAGAAGUAUAUGUCCCUCAUACUGUGUACAGAAAUCUUCUCUAUGUCUACCCACAGAGGCUGAACUUUGCUAACAAACUAACAUCUGCCCGUAACAUCACAAUAAAAAUCCAGUUCAUGUGUGGGGAAGAUAAUGGCGACGCAAUGCCGGUCAUCUUUGGAAAAUCCACUGGGCCUGAAUUUGUACAGGAAGUGUACACAGCCAUUACAUACCAUAAUAAGUCUCCUGACUUUUAUGAAGAAGUGAAAAUUAAGCUCCCUGCUAAGCUCACAGUACAUCAUCACCUCCUAUUCACCUUCUAUCAUAUCAGCUGUCAACCGAAGCAAGGAGCCUCUGUAGAAAGUCUCCUGGGAUAUUCAUGGCUGCCAAUUCUCUUAAAUGAACGUCUUCAAACCGGAUCCUACUGUCUCCCAGUUGCCUUGGAAAAGCUGCCGUUCAACUACUCCAUGCACUCUGCUGAGAAAGUCCCUUUACAGAUUCCUCCCAUUAAGUGGGCUGAAGGACAUAAAGGAGUAUUUAAUAUAGAAGUGCAAGCCGUUUCCUCCGUUCACACCCAGGACAGCCACCUGGAAAAGUUCUUCACCCUCUGCCACUCCCUGGAGAGCCGGGUGACCUUCCCCAUCCGGGUACUGGACCAGAAGGUCCCUGAGAAUAUGCUGGAGCAUGAGCUAAAGCUCAGCCUCAUCUGCCUGAACUCCUCCCGCCUGGAGCCUCUUGUGCUCUUCCUGCACCUGGUGCUGGACAAGCUCUUCCAGCUGUCUGUGAAAUCCAUGGUCAUCGCUGGCCAGACAGCCAACUUCUCCCAGUUUGCCUUCGAGUCUGUGGCAGCCAUCGCCAGCAGCCUGCACAAUAGCAAGGACCUGAGCAAGGACCAGCACGGGAGGAACUGCUUGCUGGCCUCCUAUGUGCACUACGCUUUCCGCCUGCCGGAGCCGCACGGGGGCGCACCCAAGUCAGGUGGCUCUGCCUCCCUGCCUAGCCCCGGCUAUCACACGUAUGGACGCACAUCUGCUGCUGCUGUGAGUUCCAAGCUGCUGCAGGCCCGGGUGAUAAGCAGCAGUAACCCAGACCUCAUGGGGACACACUCUGCCACCGAUGAAGAAGUUAGAAACAUCAUGUCUUCAAAGGCUGUUGAUCGCAACUGCAGCCGGAUGUCUUACUAUUGCCCCGGCAGUAACGAUGCUCCAGGUUCAAGUGCGGCCCCGAGACCAGCCAGCAAAAAGCAUUUCCACGAAGAGCUUGCCCUGCAGAUGGUGGUCAGCACUGGGAUGGUGAGAGAAUCCGUCUUCAAGUAUGCCUGGUUCUUCUUUGAGCUUCUGGUGAAAAGCAUGGCCCAGUAUGUGCAUAACCUGGACAAAUCGGACAGUUUCCGGAGGACCCGUUUUUCUGACCGCUUCAAAGAUGACAUAACUACCAUUGUCAAUGUGGUCACCUCGGAGAUUGCAGCCCUGUUAGUGAAACCUCAGAAGGAAAAUGAACAAGCAGAAAAGAUCAACAUCAGCCUGGCUUUCUUCUUGUAUGACCUUCUGUCACUCAUGGACCGUGGCUUUGUGUUUAACCUCAUCAAACAUUAUUGCAACCAGCUGUCAGCCAAGCUCAAUAACAUCCCAACGCUCAUUUCCAUGAGGCUAGAGUUCCUGAGAAUCCUCUGUAGCCAUGAGCAUUACCUCAACCUGAACCUCUUCUUUAUGAAUGCUGAUACUGCGCCAGCAUCUCCUUCUCCCUCCCUAUCGUCCCAGAACUCCAGCUCCUGCUCCAGCUUCCAGGACCAGAAGAUUGCCAGCAUGUUCGAUCUGACUCCGGAGUAUCGCCAGCAACACUUCCUCACCGGGCUCCUCUUCACAGAGCUGGCUGCUGCCCUGGAUGCUGAAGGAGACGGAAUCAGCAAGGUGCAAAGGAAAGCUGUUAGCGCCAUCCACAGCCUGCUUAGUUCUCACGACCUGGACCCACGAUGUGUCAAACCGGAGGUGAAGGUGAAAAUUGCUGCACUUUACCUGCCUUUGGUUGGCAUCAUUCUGGAUGCUUUGCCACAGCUCUACGACUUUACAGCCGCAGAUGCUCGUAGUGCGAAAAGCCGCGUGAAUGGCUCAGAGGAAGAAGCGGAAGGGGUCAGUGCAAUUAACCAGAACGUGGCCCAGGCCAUAGCCGGCAGCCAGUUUAAUUUGAAGACAAGUGGAACGAUGCUAUCUUCCUUGCCCUAUAAGCAGUACAAUACGCUGAAUGCUGACACCACCCGAAACCUCAUGAUUUGCUUCCUGUGGAUCAUGAAAAAUGCCGAUCAGAGCCUCAUUAAGAAAUGGAUCGCGGACCUGCCAUCAAUGCAGUUAAAUGGAAUUUUAGACCUCCUUUUCAUCUGUGUCUCCUGUUUUGAGUACAAGGGAAAACCGAGUUCUGACAAGGUCAGCACUCAAGUCCUGCAGAAGUCGAGGGAUGUCAAGGCCAGGCUGGAGGAGGCUCUGCUCCGCGGGGAAGGGGCCAGAGGGGAGAUGAUGCGCCGGUGUAGGGGUCCAGUCCUAGGGAAUGACCGAUUUCCAGGCCUAAAUGAAAAUCUGAGAUGGAGGAAGGAGCAGACACAUUGGCGGCAAACUAAUGAGAAGCUAGAUAAAACGAAGGCAGAGAUAGACCAAGAAGCCUUAAUCAGUGGCAAUCUAGCUACAGAAGCAAAUUUAAUCAUCCUGGAUAUGCAGGAGAACAUUAUCCAGGCAAGUUCGGCUCUGGACUGUAAAGACAGCCUGCUAGGAGGUGUCCUGAGGGUCCUGGUGAAUUCACUGAGUUGCGAUCAGAGUACCACGUACCUGACUCACUGCUUUGCGACACUCCGAGCCCUCAUUGCCAAGUUCGGAGACUUGCUGUUCGAGGAGGAGGUGGAACAGUGUGCAGACCUGUGCCAGCGAGUGCUGCACCACUGCAGCAGCAGCAUGGACAUCACCCGGACCCAAGCCUGUGCUACCCUCUACCUCCUCAUGAGGUUCAGUUUUGGAGCCACCAGUAACUUUGCAAGAGUAAAGAUGCAAGUAACCAUGUCUCUGGCAUCUUUGGUGGGCAAAGCGCCAGACUUUAAUGAGGAGCACCUGCGAAGAUCCUUGAGGACCAUUCUGGCCUAUUCAGAAGAGGACACAGCCAUGCAGUCAACUCUUUUUCCUGUCCAGCUAGAAGAGCUUCUCUGCAAUCUGAAUAGCAUCUUAUAUGACACAGUGAAAAUGAGAGAAUUUCAAGAAGAUCCUGAGAUGCUCAUGGAUCUCAUGUACAGAAUUGCUAAGAGUUACCAAACGUCUCCUGAUCUGAGGCUGACCUGGCUCCAGAACAUGGCGGAGAAACACACCAAGAAGAAGUGCUACACAGAGGCUGCCAUGUGCCUGGUGCACGCAGGCGCCUUAGUGGCCGAGUAUCUGAGCAUGCUAGAGGACCACAGCUACCUGCCUGUGGGCAGUGUCAGCUUUCAGAAUAUUUCUUCCAACGUGCUGGAAGAGUCUGCAAUCUCUGACGACACCCUAUCACCCGAUGAGGACGGAGUGUGCUCGGGCCGGUACUUCACGGAGAGCGGCCUGGUGGGCCUCCUGGAGCAGGCUGCGGAGCUCUUCAGCACGGGAGGUUUGUACGAGACAGUUAAUGAGGUCUACAAGAUGGUCAUCCCCAUUCUGGAAGCACAUCGAGACUUCCGGAAGCUGGCCUCCACUCAUGACAAGCUGCAGAAGGCCUUUGACAACAUCAUUAACAAGGAUCAUAAGAGAAUGUUUGGAACUUACUUCCGAGUUGGUUUCUAUGGAUCCAAAUUUGGGGAUUUGGAUGAACAAGAAUUUGUUUACAAGGAGCCUGCAAUUACAAAGCUUCCUGAGAUCUCCCAUAGGUUAGAGGGAUUUUAUGGUCAGUGUUUUGGUGCAGAAUUUGUGGAAGUGAUAAAAGACUCUGCUCCUGUGGAUAAAACUAAGUUGGAUCCUAACAAGGCCUACAUUCAGAUCACAUUUGUGGAGCCCUACUUUGAUGAGUAUGAGAUGAAAGACAGGGUAACCUACUUUGAAAAGAACUUCAACCUGCGGAGGUUCAUGUACACCACCCCCUUCACUCUGGAGGGGCGGCCCCGGGGGGAGCUGCACGAGCAGUACCGCAGGAACACCGUGCUGACCACCAUGCAUGCCUUCCCCUACAUCAAGACCAGGAUCAGCGUCAUCCAGAAGGAGGAGUUUGUUUUGACUCCAAUUGAAGUUGCGAUUGAAGAUAUGAAGAAGAAGACCCUGCAGUUAGCGGUGGCCAUUAACCAGGAGCCCCCUGACGCGAAGAUGCUUCAGAUGGUGCUGCAAGGUUCUGUCGGAGCCACUGUCAAUCAGGGACCACUGGAAGUAGCCCAAGUAUUCUUGGCCGAAAUUCCAGCUGAUCCAAAACUCUAUCGACAUCACAACAAGCUGAGGUUAUGCUUUAAGGAAUUUAUAAUGCGCUGCGGUGAGGCUGUGGAAAAAAACAAGCGUCUCAUCACAGCUGAUCAGAGGGAGUAUCAGCAGGAACUCAAAAAGAACUAUAACAAGCUGAAAGAGAACCUCAGGCCCAUGAUUGAGCGGAAAAUUCCAGAACUCUACAAGCCCAUAUUCACAAUUGAGAGUCAAAAGAGGGAGUCCUUCCACAGAUCUAGCUUCAGAAAAUGUGAGACCCAGUUGUCACAGGGCAGCUAGAAAAGCUGUCUUUACCCAUGAAGACUGAAGCCGGUGACCAGGAGAACAGCUCACUGGUAUUUACAGCACCGGACAGCUGCACCCUAGACCGACCACACACUCCAUCCCGAGACAGUGCUCUGAAAGCCAGGGGAGGCAAGGGGCUACAGAAUCGCACCCAAACGUACCCUGAUCAGACUCAGGCCAAACAAUGGGGAGGGGCGCAGAGGGGACAAUCAAGGGUGACUGUAUUUAUUCAAGUGUACUUUCUGCAUUGUUGUAUAAAACAAAGCUUAAGUAGCUUCUCCUGCAGAGUGGGCAGUCACUGGCCACAGGAGGAGUGACUUCCUCUCACCUGCCUUUGAAUGCACAGGAUAAACUCACCUUGCACAGAAAAGCUCGUCCACCAGCCUAUCUCAAGUGACCUUUGCUUGCCUCCUCUUUAGCAAAAGGGAGAAUGAACUUCUAGAAGCACAAAACACCUCAGCCAGUCUCUGAGGGAAAGCCUUACUCCAAGCCUAAGCAUGAUGUUUGAGAAUCUGGGAAUAGAUUAUUUGUGAACUUGCUGUGGUCUCUGGUAGAAGCAGACCAAUUGCUGUAUAGUUAUAUUGGCUUUAUUUUUUAUGGUUAAGUUAAUUUAACAUGCUUUUAUAAAAGAAUACACUCAAAGCACUUAUCUAGGUGAUACAUGGUACCCAGAACUCAGUCAGAAAUUGCUGAUUCUGCAUCUACUUAAAUGGAAGCGGUUUUCCUAUAACAUUUUGCUUUUUUUCUUUAUGCUUGCUCUCAUUUACUCUUUUUUUUUUUUUCCUCUCUGGGACCAAGUGUCUUUUUAUAAAAAGAUAAUAUCUCUGCUUUCAUUUCAGAAUAUUGUACUGUCUGUCCACUAAAAAAUAUAUUUGGUUUUGAAUUCUUCUGACAGUGUACUUUAAAAGACAGAUGAACAAAGUUAUUGUUUGAGAAUUAAGUUAUAUAUUUUUAAUAUGAUUGAUAUUAAAGAUGAGAUAAGAAUUGCAAACAAAAUGUUUCCCUUUUCCCCUCCUGCUUUUAUACUUUGACAAUUCAAAAAGUUGUAAAGCUUGGACGUUGCUUCAGGGAAGCAGAAACAUGCAUAGUGAUGACCUGGGUCAUGGUGUGCUGUCCAGGGUGGCGCCUCUAAUGUGAUCGUUCACCUUGGUGGCCAGGACAGAGCAUUUGGUUUGGAUAUUCCUGAACUUUUUGUUUAUACAAUCAGCUAUCAUGAUCUUAUAUUCUGAAAGAGAACAUUAAAAAAAAGGGGGGGGGACCUGGGGAUUUAGCUCAGCGGCACAGCAUCUGCCUGGCAAGCACAAGGUCGUGAGUUCGAUUCCCAGUACUGGAAAAAACAAAAAAUAAAAAAUAAAUAAAUAAAAGCUAUUUGUCUACGUGCCAAACUUGAUUUUUUAGGCACUUGGUGCAAAACUUUU